AUGCGAUGUCAACGCCUCCUGAUGCGCCUGCUCACGUACAAUCCAGCCGCCGUGUAUGUCCCUGGCAAAGAGCUAGUUGUUGCCGAUGCUCUAUCUCGUCCUCCGCUCGCCUGUGACGACACGCCUAGUCUCCAAGACGAGAUCAGCAUCAACCUCACAUCUUACAUCGCUGAGAUCGUGUCGGAUAUUAAAGCCCGUGACAUUGCUGACGCCACCACACAAGAUGAGACGCUCAAGCAAGUCCUCCACUUUGUCCAACACGGAUGGCCGUGCAACCCACGUGAUGUCGACGACACUGUGCGCCCAUACUUCCAUGAACGCCAGUUACUGUCCUGUGAGCAAGGUGUGCUGUACCAUGGUUUCCGCAUUGUCAUGCCACCCUCUCUGCAGCCUGAGAUGCUCGAGAAGCUCCACGAGGGACAUCAAGGUGCAACGAAGUGCAAGUCUCGCGCCCGCCAUUCCAUUUGGUGGCCAGGCUUGUCAAGGCAAAUCGACACGAUGGUCGCUACGUGUGAAGUGUGCACCAAACACCGCGUCCAGUCGACCGAACCACUGCAACCCGUCCAACGCCCAACACUGCCGUGGCACACGGUUGGUGCAGAUCUGAUGGAAUUCAACGGCACAACUUACCUCGUCAUUGUUGACUAUCUCUCGCGUUACCUCGAUGUCGUACCGCUGACUGCCACAACCUCGAUUGCUGUCAUCAAGCAUUUGCACCGCAUCUGUGCCGAGCAUGGUUUCCCGUCCACCUUGGUUACAGACAACGGUCCUCAGUUUGCCAGCGAAGCGUUUACUGAGUUCUGCACAGCAAACGACAUCACCCAUCGCACUUCCAGUCCACGGUAUCCUCAGUCGAAUGGCGAAGCGGAACGUGCAGUUCGCACCGCCAAAAAUCUCCUGCGGAAGGCCGAAAGCCUGCAAGAUGCACUCUUGGCUUACCGCACGACACCGCUGAGCAACGGCUAUGCCCCAUGUCAGCUAUUGUAUGGCCGCCAGCUCCGUACCGGUCUACCUGCAACGACUGAGCAGCUGGAACCGAAAUGGCCAGAUCUCCCUAGUAUUCUGGAAUCGGAAACUCAGUCCCAGGAACAGCAGAAGUUGCACUACGACCAACGGCAUGCAGCUAAGCCUCUCGCGACUCUACAGCUUCAUGACCAUGUAUUCAUCACCGAUCUCGAACGGGAGGGCAAGAUAGUAGAGCAAGUGUCCAAUCGUUCUUACCUCGUUGAGUCUGGUCACUCUACUGUUCGCCGCAAUCGUCGUCACUUGAUCCGACUGCCACUGCCAGAAGCAGAGAAGCCGACAGUCGAGGUUGAGUACGGUGGCCCAGCAGCUGAUCCAGUCCGUCGCUCUGCUAGAGCUCCUCAGCCUGUCAACCGCCUCAUUGAAUCAUGCUAA